UAUAUAUAUAUACUAGCUAGCUAGUAUGAGAAUGAAGCGAACACCCCUUCCUCCAGUAAGAAACUAAGCCUUUCUGAAUUUUGGUAUUGAUUAGAGUCAUGAAGUGAGUUUGGGAAUGGCUCUCCUUGCGUCCUGCUGGUUAAUCGUUGAAUCUUUUGUCAUCGCUGAUGGAUUUUUGAAGUGGUUUUAUUUGAGUUUCUACAUCCAUCCCAUUUUUCUUUUUGUUUGCCAGAUAUUCCUUUGGCUCAAGUUGCUUCAAAAAUGUUUUCUAGUAGCCAUCUUUUAUCUUUCCCAUGUUGGUCUGUGUGUUUACAUCUUCUUCAAAGAUUGUGUCGUCUAUAUAUUUUCAUUCGGUAGAUGCAGCAAUAUUGAAGAUGUAGAAGAGAUUGAGAGUUUUGGACCUCUAAAAAGUUUCAAAAAUCAAGUUGUCAUUUCUUAUAGUUGUUCAAGUAUUGCACCGUUGCCAUGCCAGCUACAGGUAUUCAAGCUCAAUAAAAAUUGGUCUACAGAGGAGAAAGAUUCUGGGGGUGAUGCAAUUCCAUGCAAGGAUGAAAAUAUGGAACAGCAGGCUCUUUUCGUUGGUGAAGAUGAAAGCAUGAUCAAUGGUCAUUUGUCUUCAAUUUCUUUUAGUUCCAGAUUUUCCACUACAGCUGAAAGUUUAAACAAGGAUGAUGACCUAUCAUCCGUUAGCAGCUCCAAUUCACCUGCUGCCGGAGAUCUAGACAUGACGCAAUAUUCAUCAUUGGUUGAUAGCUCCAAUUCACUGGCUGUGGAAAGGGAAUUUACAGCCAACUGGAGCAGAGAGGAAGAUCAUCAAGAUCCAUUCUACAAGAAAUACACCGAAAGAAUGAGGUGGUUCGAUGUGCUCAACGACGAACGCACAAGUGGAAUAAGUGCAAUUCUGAAUAGGCAAGUUGGAAAUAUUCCAAGUUCAUUUGAGCGUAUGAAGCUGCCUGCUGAUAUGUCGGUGCCGUUUGUACCAUGGAGCAAAAUGGAGAAAAGGAAGCUCUUGAAAAGCUUAGAGAGUGAUUUUGAGCUGGUAUAUGUGGCUCAAUCAUGCUUGUCAUGGGAGGCCCUUCACCACCAGUAUAGAAAGGUUGAAGCUCUUGCAUCCUCUAGCUCUCAAAACGGGGUGUUUUACGAUGAUGUGCCAGGCGAAUUUCAGAAAUUUCAAGUAUUGUUGGAGAGAUUUAUGGAAGAUGAAAGGUGUGAAUUAGGCAAGAGGGAUUGGAAUUAUGUUAGAGGAAGAUUUUCUCUCAAGAGCCUUCUCCAAGUUCCCAUGGUUUCAGGCUUCCAUGAGCAAGAAAAUGAAGAAAUAAAACGUGAAGCCAUAAAUGUCAAAGAGGUAAUGGAAGCCAUAGAGAGGGGCAUAUUAGCAUAUUGGGUAUUUAUUAAAACAGAUGGUAGAAAACCUUGGUGGAAGUUGAGAAGUUCAUUAUGGACAUGGCCAACUGUGGAGGACCCUAGAGAUGUGGGGCUACAAGCUGAUCUCACUAGAAAGCUCCAAAAGAAGGAACUGUGGUUGAAAGAGUCGCAAGGGAAGCUCAAGUGUUGGUUCAGGAGAGCAGUAAACCCUACCCUAGAAGAGUCACAAAAGAAGGAGAUGUUAUUCGCAAUGAUAGACUUGAAGCUGAUAUCAAGGGUGCUCCAAAUGUCUGUGCUCUCCACUUCCCAACUCAAAUGGUGCCAAGAAAAACUAGAGAAAAUAGAGUUCAAGGAAGGCAAGAUUGCGAGAGCUUGCACUAGCGGUCCCUUGUUUCCUCCUUGACAUUUCGUGGGAAAUAACGAGAUCCAAUUUCAAGGGUUCUCUUUUAUAAAAGAGAGAGUAGGCUAGGAAAGCUUGUCUCAUGCAUGAGUGUCAUGUAAUUAAUACAGCUCUGUAUCGUACAAAUUAACUCAAGAUCAGCAGUGGCCGUCAACCUCUGAAUCAAUUAUAUCUUCGCAAAAAAUGCAUCUGGUUUAUCAACUGGAUUGCUGAAACUCCCAAGACAUGUAUGAUCUUGAUGAGUAAUUCAUAUGAUUGGGCCAAUAGUAUGUGUCACAUCAUGAAUAAGGAAUAAUUUGAUGAAA